CCACUACUAAUAUUACAUUACAUUCAUCACAUAUUAUUCAUCCAAAAGAAGAAUGAAUAUUCUAAUUGAUGAUGAUGAAAUCUUCUCUUUACCUAGCCUUGAUGAACUUGAAUCUAUCACACAUCUUCUUUAUGACGAUGAUUCCGAUUUUUUCGAAACUGUUUCACCAAUGAGUUUAGAUGUUGCAACAUUAUUGCCUAAUAUUCCUACCUCAAAUUCAAUUGAAUCCCCCGUAAGACCGGAGCCUCCGGAGGAAACAAAAGAACCGUCUGUGGCGCGUGAGAACGCGCCACAAGAUUGGAGGCGGUUCAUAGGGGUGAGGCGGAGGCAGUGGGGUACGUUUUCAGCCGAAAUAAGAGAUCCAAAUAGGAGAGGAGCGAGGCUGUGGCUCGGAACUUAUGAGUCCCCGCGGGAUGCAGCAUUAGCUUAUGACCAAGCCGCUUACAAGAUUCGUGGCACCAAAGCUCGGCUUAAUUUUCCUGACCUAAUUGGCUCGGACGUACCUAUGCCACCUAGAGUAACGGCUAGGCGUCGUACACGCUCACGCUCCCGCUCACCCGAGCCAUUAACAACUUCUUCUUCGUCCUCGUCCUCGUCAUCCUCGUCGUCCUCAUCCUCAUCGGAAAAUGGAACGAAGAAAAGGAAAAUAGAUUUGAUAAACUCAAUAGCAAAAUCCAAAUUACUUUGUGGGGUGGAUUUACAAAUGUUAAUACAAAUGUGAGAAAAGAGCAAAGGUUUAUUUUCUUCGUUUGACAAUUAAGUACUACUACGUAUAAUUAAUAGACUCAUCAAGGUCAUUGUGUAAAUGCACUUCUUUGACGACCUCUUCCUUUAUGAGAUUAUUAUGAAUUUUACAUUAUUUCCUUUAUCAACUAUCGUUUCUAUACAGGGUGGAGUCACAAGCAGUUCAUCUGAAUUUCUCUUUCUAAGGUUAUAUAUGUCGAAUUUUUCGGGUGUUUUUAUAUUUUUAAAUAAAAAAUCUGGCUUCUACAUCAA